GCGAAAGUGUGUGCGCAGAUUGUGCGCAACAAUUUGCGCCAAAACUCUCCAUAUCGACGAGGGGCGUUUAAAUGCGCUCGUGGGGAGGGGGGCGUGUGGGGUGUGUGAAGGGUUUCGCGUGGGGGAGGGGAACCUCUGAGCAUCACUCUUGUGAGUGUGUGUGGAUGGCGUGGGCUUCUCCUCUCCGUCUCCAAACCGCGCAGCAGCAGCACCACCACCACCACCAUCAUCGUCACCACUCGGCUCACAGCGACAGCCUCGUACGCAUCACCAUCCUCAUCCUCCUCCUUCUCAUUCUUCAUCACCACCAUCUCCAAGCUGAAGAGGGACCCUGGCAUCGAAGGAUUUAAGACAGCUUCAACCUGUAACCACUCAAGCAAAUUGGGAGUCAGCUCUGAGGUGUCCUGAUCAAACUGAAGCCACAGCACGUACAGGUGGCCUCUCAAGCUAAACCUUUGACUUGUUGUGCGUCUUCUGUACUUCUUUAACAUGGAGGACGGCUACCAAAACCGGACUGCCUUCAUAAAAGGAGCCAAAGACAUUGCCAAAGAAGUCAAGCGGCAAGCUACCAAGAAAGUGGGUCGCUCAGUUGAUCGAGUGAGUGAUGAGUACAGCAAGCGCUCCUACAGCCGCUUUGAAGAGGACGAUGACGAUGACUACCCCAUGCAGGGAAGUCAGGAUGGAGGCUACUACCGUGGAGACAGCCAGGCAGCGAACGAUGAUGAGGGCGGCCACAGUGACUCCACAGAGGGUCACGAUGAGGAUGACGAGAUCUAUGAGGGAGAGUACCAAGGAAUUCCCAGGGCUGAUUCAGGAAAAGGUAGCCUUGCUGGGGGUCCAGGAUCGGUGGGAGCCGGAGCUCAGCAGUUCAGAGAUAUCGGCGUGUCCGAGGCUGAGAGGAGGAAGGACCAAGAGGAGCUGGCCCAACAGUACGAGACCAUUUUGCAAGAAUGUGGCCACGGGAAGUUCCAGUGGAGCCUGUACUUCGUCCUGGGCCUUGCACUCAUGGCUGAUGGCGUGGAGAUCUUUGUGGUCGGGUUUGUGCUCCCCAGCGCUGAGAAGGAUAUGUGUCUGUCUGAACCCAACAAAAGCAUGCUAGGUCUUAUUGUAUAUUUUGGGAUGAUGGUUGGCGCUUUCCUAUGGGGAGCUCUGGCUGACCGGAUAGGCCGUCGGCAGUCUCUUCUCAUCUCUCUCUCUAUCAACAGUAUCUUCUCCUUCUUCUCCUCCUUUGUCCAGGGUUACAGCACCUUUCUGUUUUGCCGCCUCCUCUCGGGUGUUGGAAUCGGUGGUUCGAUUCCCAUCGUCUUCUCGUACUACUCUGAAUUUCUGUCCCAAGAGAAGCGUGGCGAGCACCUCAGCUGGCUCUGCAUGUUCUGGAUGAUUGGAGGAAUAUACGCAUCUGCUAUGGCCUGGGCUAUAAUCCCACAUUAUGGAUGGAGUUUCCAGAUGGGCUCGGCGUAUCAGUUCCAUAGCUGGCGCGUGUUUGUGCUAGUGUGCGCUUUUCCGUCAGUUGCAGCCAUCGCUGCCCUUAACGCCAUGCCAGAGAGCCCACGCUUCUACUUAGAGAAUGGCAAACAUGACGAAGGCUGGAUGGUUCUGAAGCAAGUUCACGACACAAACAUGCGAGCAAAGGGAUACCCAGAGAGGGUGUUUUCUGUCACCACAAUCAAAACUGUGAAGCAGAUGGAUGAGCUGGUGGACGUUGGCACCGACACGCCUGCUUGGCAGCGCUACAGACUGAAGAUUAUGAGCCUCUCCCAACAGAUACGGAAUAACAUCCUUGCCUGCUUCAGGCCAGAAUAUAAACGGACGACCUUCAUGCUCAUGGCUGUUUGGUUUUCUAUGUCGUUCAGCUACUACGGUCUAACCGUGUGGUUUCCGGACAUGAUCAAGUACAUCCAGAAGCAGGAAUAUGAAUCGCGCACGAAGACCUUCACUAAGGAGCGAGUGGAGCACGUCACGUUUAACUUCACCUUGGAAAACCAAGUGCAUCGCCAAGGAUACUACUUCAACGACAAAUUCCUUAACCUGAAGAUGAAGUCCAUGGUUUUUGAAGACUCCGUGUUUGAAGAGUGCUACUUUGAGGACAUCACAUCCACGCACACCUUCUUUAGAAACUGCACCUUCAUUGCCAGCUUGUUUUAUAACACAGAUUUAUUCAAAUACAGACUCGUCAACUGCAAACUGGUCAACAGCACGUUUCUCCACAACAAGGAGGGCUGCAUGCUCGACUUCAGCGACGACUUCAACAAUGCCUACAUGAUCUACUUUGUCAACUUUCUCGGCACCCUGGCGGUGUUGCCUGGCAACAUCGUCUCGGCUCUAUUAAUGGAUAAAAUUGGGCGGUUAAGGAUGCUGGCCGGGUCCAGCGUCAUAUCAUGUGUCAGCUGCUUCUUCCUGAUGUUUGGAAACACCGAGUCGGGGAUGAUCGCCCUCUUAUGUCUAUUUGGUGGCAUCAGCAUCGCCUCGUGGAACGCCCUGGAUGUGAUAACAGUGGAGCUCUACCCCUCGGAUAAAAGGACCACAGCGUUCGGCUUCCUGAACGCCCUCUGUAAACUGGCGGCCGUGCUGGGGAUCAGCAUCUUCCAGUCAUUUGUGGGCAUCACCAAGGCCAUACCCAUCCUAUUUGCGGCCGGCGCCCUCGCCGCCGGCAGUUUCCUUGCCACAAAGUUGCCCGAAACGAGAGGCCAAGUGUUGCAGUAAAGCCGACGACCAGCAGAGGGCAGCAGAGUCCAGCUGGCGUGUUUAACAAC